UUGUGUAUUCAGUUUGAAAAUUCCCAUCCCAUUUUUUUAAUCCAACAUGCGGCUUUUCCUCUGGUUUGUUUGGACCACCUGGAUUUUAACUCUUCACGCCGCGGCUCAGCAUCCUCCUGCCCGGGAGGAGGGAGACGACCGGCCCCGAGAGCAGAACCAGAGGGGGAGACAGAGCUCCGGGGGACCGACGAGAACGGAGCCCAAAAAGUCGACGGCAGUGAGGGGAGCUGGGGGGAAGCUCAACGGCAAGAGGGUACCUCUGACAGGUCCUCAUGUCUGUGGCGGUCGCUGUUGUACCGGAUGGACUCUGGACUCUAAAACCAAACGAUGCACCAAACCCAGGUGUCAUCCUCGUUGCCAUGGUGAUGCCUUGUGUCGUCCGUCUAACCGCUGCGUGUGUCGUCGAGGUUUCAGCGGUUACAGAUGCGAGGUUUCCACGGUGACGGUUUCUGUCCCAGAACCAGUUCUGACCCCCAUCCAUCCCAGUGGGACACCGCGACUGAACACCAAAGAACCCAAACCAGGAAGUAAAGCGUCCCACCGCGGCGGUGCCAGGAGGAUGAGAGUCCUACAGAUCACGUCUGGAGCGGUUGUCAUGUCUCCAACACCUGAAACCACCAGAGGAGCUACGCUAACAAAUCCUCCUAAAUCUACAAAACCUGACGACAGAGGAGUUUUUAAAGAAAUUGUAAAGGAGGAGGAAAACAGCUCCUCGAAAGGUCCACAGACAGAACAGGGAGCAGAAAAUAAGGCGAGGCCUGCACCUGUUAGAGACAAUGAGGAGGGAGCUGGGUUAACAGCUCAGCUAGGAGGGUUUAAAAGAGAACCACAGGACAGCGAGGAGGCUAGGACAGAGGAAAGACUGGGAGAAAACAUACAUGUCGAGUCUGUUUUGUGGCCAGAGACAACAUUAGAUCUAAACCAGCGCUCUAAAACAGACGAUAAAAUACUGAAAACCUCGACCUCCUGGCCUGAAGUAGAGCAGGGGAUACAUGUGACGUCUGAUCCAAGGCCUAAAACCGAAGAGAGAUUAAAUCUAGAGUUUUAUUUAGGGCCAAAAAAAGACGACGGACUUAAUCAAGACUCCAAUCCAGGGCCAAGGGGAGAGAAGAACCUUGAUGUAGGUGUAAAAGAAGAGAAAAACCUGGAUGUAGGUGUAAAAGAAGAGAAAAACCUGGAUGUAGGUUUUAAAGGAGAGAAAAACGUGACCAUUGGUGUUAAAGGAGAGAAAAAAAAGCUGGAAAAGAACAGAACAAAGUCAGAGGAGAAGAAGAAAGAGGAAUUGAAGACCAGAGGAAGGAAGAAGCUUUCACUGAGUCUAAGAGAAGCCCAGGCGUUGCUGCUGAGGAAGAGUUUGUCCCGGGGAGGAAGAGGAGACAAGAUGGCUGCCGUGCUGAUGAAGCACAUCGAGAAAGAGAGGAAGAAACUGCCUGCUGUGACCUCCUCUCCUGCUUCUUCUAACUCAUCAUCAUCAUCAUCGUCAUCAUCUUCAUUGUCAUCCUUGGAGAAAACCAGCAUGAAGACGUUCCACACUCAGAGGGGACAGUACACUGUCUACUUCACAGCACCAGCAGCUGAUGGGCAGACAGUCACAGGAGGAGCGGAGAGGAUCCAGGUGAUGUUCACGCCGACCAUCUGCAAGGUGCGCUGCAGCCAGGACCGAUGUGUCAACUACUGUGAGCGAGGCAACAUUACCACGCUGUUCAGCAGCGCUGAUGGGGGAGGAGGAGGAGGAGGAGGAGGAGGAAGGAGAGACAGCUCCCAUGGACCAGGCUUCAGAGUCUUUCUCUGUCCUCUGCUUUGUAAGAACGGCGGCGUCUGCCUGCAAAAGGAUCGCUGUCUCUGUCCUCCAAACUUCACUGGGAAGUUCUGCCAAAUCUCUGUCACCCCCACCACCGUCACUGCAGCUGCAUCGCAACCCUCCUCCAUCAACGAGAUUGUCAAGCCUGCUCAAGUCUCAGCCACAGCAGCCAAUCAGGAGCUGACACAGUCUGAGUUCCUCAUGCCGCUGGGACAGACCCAAGAGAUGGGGGUGUCUGGAGCCCCCAGCCCCUCAAUGGUGAAAGUCCGAGUGCAGCACCCCCCAGAGGCCAGCGUGAAAAUCCAUCAGGUUUUGAAGGUGUCUGGAUACAGUCCGAACUUGCAGACUCUCUCGUCCUCUUCCACGUCGGGGUCGGCAGGUGCUCCGGCUCCAGCAGUUGGACUGGUCCAGGCUCAGACUAUAAGAGGGGGUGGAACGUACACCCAGCAGUCUGGGUUCAAGUACUGCUUCAGAGAGGUGAAGGAUGGACAGUGCAGCUCUCCUCUGCCUGGUCUGAGGAGCAGGGAAAUGUGCUGCAGAGGGAUCGGGAAGGCCUGGGGCAUCACCGACUGUGUCCUCUGUCCUGACAACACAGGUGGAAGCAACAGCAGCUGUCCUGCUGGUUUUGAGAGGGCCAAUGCAACAGACUGUGUCGAUGUGGAUGAGUGCCUUCAGCCAGGGCUGUGUGAGAACGGGAUCUGUGUGAACACCAGGGGGAGCUAUAGCUGUGUGUGUAGGGCGGGGUUCAUCCUCGACGCCUCACAUGGAAUCUGCAUCUCUCAGAAAGUGAUCUCAGAGGAGAAGGGUCAGUGUUACCGGGUCCUGGGUUCAGGUCUUGGUCCUUCAUCAUGCUCUCUGCCGAUUCUCAGGAACAUCACCAAACAGAUCUGCUGCUGCAGCCGGGUGGGAAAAGCCUGGGGGCCCAACUGUCAGAGAUGUCCUUACUUUGGUUCAGUGGCCUUUAAGGAGAUCUGUCCAGCCGGUCCUGGUUAUCAUUACUCGGCUUCGGCCCUGUCGUUCAACCAGAGAGCCAACGAGCAGCUGGGUGGUCGAGGAGCUUCGUUGGUAACCAACGGAAACCAGGAUAACCAGGGUCCUGGUUCUGGAUCCAGUGGAGCCUCCAGGUCUCCUCAAAACCCUGCCUUGUCUGGAUCCAGUACCUCGCUGAGCUCUUCUUCAGUUGUCGGAUCAGCUGGUUCCAGCAGACCCAGUCCACCCCAGCCCCAACCUCCACCUCCGCCUCACCGGGUUGACCCCUCUAGGCCCAUACAGCCCGGCGGCACCAACACCAUCACCACGCAGGACAGACCUCAGACUCCAGGCCGACCUGGGACCCCACUGAGCCGACCAGAUGCUGUUCCGUCCUUCACAACACAACCGAGACCACAACCUCCACUGACAGGGAGUCAAGCAGGCAGUCGCUUCUCCUCUUCCUCCUCCUCCUCCUCGGUGUCUCUGCCUGAUCGGCGGGACUUCCUCCCUGCUCCGGCCCAGCCACAGAGCCCAGAGCGUGGGUCAAGGCCCAGUAUAGGACUUCCUCCUAUACAGAACAGACCAGCUGUAACCACGGCAACCACAACAACAACAACGCGCCCGGCCCGAGUCCAGACAGUCCGAGGUGUAUGUGAGAGCAGACCAGGUGUGUGUGGGCGUGGCCGCUGUGUGGAUCAGCCAGGUGGGAAACACACGUGUGUGUGUGAUCAGGGAUACCAGCCCAACUCUCAGCGCACCUACUGCCAAGAUGUUAAUGAGUGUGUUCAGUCUCCGUCUGUGUGUGCGGUCGGUCAGUGUGUGAACACCAUGGGUAGUUACCGCUGCAUCUGUCCGUCUGGAUACAGGAGCAACAGUCAGAUGACCAGCUGUCAAGACAUCGAUGAAUGCCUGCAGAAUCCCUGCAACAAUGGUCGCUGUGACAACACACCAGGCAGCUACAGGUGUGUCUGUCGCCUUGGUUACCGGCUCAGCAGGAACACCUGCACAGACAUAGACGAGUGUGAGGAUCCUCUGCAGUGUCCGGGUCAGGAGUGUAUCAACAGUCAGGGUUCAUACCGCUGCGUUUCCUGUCAGCCAGGAUAUAGGCUGGUCAACAGACUCUGUACAGACAUCGAUGAGUGUCGCCAGGCUCCCUGCUCCAACGGUCGCUGUGAAAACACACCAGGAAGCUACCACUGUGUCUGUCGCCAUGGUUACAAGCUACAAAACAACACUUGUGCAGAUGUAAACGAGUGUUCAGAGCCGUCUCAGUGUCCGGGCCAGCAGUGUGUCAACACCGUGGGGUCUUACAGAUGCGUGUCGUGUCAGCCAGGAUACACACUCGUCAACAGGCAGUGUACAGAUAUAAACGAGUGUAAGCGCGGUGAUUCCUGUCCUGGUCAGCGCUGUGUGAACACUGAAGGAUCCUUCAGCUGUGUUGACUGUCAGCAGGGAUACCGCAGCAUAAACGGACUGUGUACAGAUGUAGACGAGUGUGAACAGACCUCUCAGUGUCCCGGUCAGCAGUGUGUGAACACUAUGGGCUCGUACCGCUGUGUCUCCUGUCAGCCUGGGUACAGCGGCAGGGACGGCUCCUGCCAAGAUAUCGACGAGUGUGCCAACGCUGGGGUGUGCGAGGCAGGACGAGUGUGCAUAAACACCAUCGGCUCAUUCAGGUGCGACUGUGCACCCGGGUAUCGAGCCUUUGGCCUCGGGAGGCAGUGCAGGGACAUUAACGAGUGUUUGGAGGGAGAUUUCUGCUUCCCCAGAGGAGAGUGUGUGAACUCACCUGGAUCCUACACGUGUGUGUGUUCUCCAGGAUUCACACUGAGCGACAACAAGACUGCCUGCCUCGAUGUGGACGAGUGUCUGAAGUCUGGUGUGUGUUUGGAUGGCCGCUGUGUGAACACUGAAGGCUCUUUCCACUGCCAAUGUCAAACCGGCUUCACCACCAACCCGGAAAAGACGGCUUGCCUCGAUGUCAAUGAGUGCGUCUCAUCUGGCGGGUCAAUCUGCGGGUCAAAGCGUUGUGAGAAUACCAUUGGUUCGUACCACUGUGUCACUUCAUGUGAACCUGGUUAUAAGGUGACAGAGACUGGCGGGUGUGCAGAUAUCGAUGAAUGUGCCAAUAAGACGGUGUGUGGGGAUCACGCUGUCUGUCAGAACGUUAUAGGAACGUACCUGUGCGUAUGUCACGAAGGUUACACCUCCAGCGCUGAAGGAAAGGCCUGUUUGGAUGUGGAUGAAUGUGAGUCCCAGCCUGGUGUGUGCGGCUCUGCUCGUUGUGAGAACGUGGAGGGAUCCUUCAAGUGUGAAAAUGACCGACAGGGAUACGAGUUUGACUCCAGCAGCAGCAACACUGCAGGAAUAGGUACAGAUGCAGACGAAUGCGUGAAGUCAGGUGUUUGUUUUGGCGGUCGCUGUGUGAAUGUUGACGGCACCCUCCAGUGCCGGUGCCAACCCGGCUUCACCAAUAACCCAGAGAAGACGGCCUGCAUCGAUGUAGACGAGUGCGCCUCAUCCGGUCGUCGGCUAUGUGGGUCAAAGCAGUGCGAGAAUACGAUUGGUUCAUACCGCUGCAUCACUUCCUGUGAGUCUGGCUAUCAGUUGGCUCAGAGCGGCAGGUGUGUAGACAUUAAUGAAUGUGCCAACAAGACGGUGUGUGGAGAACAUGGCUUCUGUCAGAACUUGAUAGGAACCCACAUGUGUCAGUGUGACCAGGGCUACACCUCCACCGCCGAUAGAAAGACCUGUUUGGAUGUGGACGAAUGUGAGGUUCUUCCUGAUGUGUGCGGUUCUGCUCGUUGUGAGAACGUGGAAGGAUCCUUCAUGUGUGAAUGUGACCAAGAGGGAUACGAGUUCAACCCCGGCAGCAGCCGGUGCAUCAAAACUGCAGGAACAGCACUGUUUGUCCCCGGCUACCCCUCCACCUCUUCCUCCUCCUCCUCCUCCUCCUCCUACUCCUCCUCUUCCUCCGUCCAUGCCAGUGCAGUGGAUUCUUCCCUGGCACUGCCCCCCCUCCCUCCAGCACGUCCAGGUGAGCUGAGGGAGUGUUACUACAACCUGGCCGAGAGGGGGACCUGCAACCUGCUGGCCACCAACACCACCCAGCAGGAGUGCUGCUGCACGGUGGGGGAGGGCUGGGGGCUGGGCUGCCAGUACCACAUCUGUCCACCCAUCAACACAGCCGAGUUUCUGUCUCUGUGUCCCAGUGGGAGAGGAUACGUCACGACUGGACCAGGAGCCUUCAGCUACAGAGACGUGGACGAGUGUAAGCGUUUCCAUCCUGAGGUGUGUAAGAAUGGAGUCUGUGUCAACAACAUUCCAGGGUACAACUGCUACUGCUCCAGUGGAUACGUUUACAACAGCACACUGCUGGAGUGUGUCGAUCACAAUGAGUGCGAGGAGGAGAGCUGUAUUGGAGGAGUUUGUGUCAACACAGUGGGUUCAUAUUACUGCAGCUGUCCUCAUCCUCUGGUGCUCGACGACACGCAGCGAAACUGUGUCAACUCGUCACAUCUCGCCAUAGAUGAGAACCUGUCGGUGUGCUGGCAGCACGUCACAGCGGACCUGGUGUGUCAGAGUCCUCUGCUGGGGGCUCAGGUCACCUUCAUGGACUGCUGCUGUCUGUACGGAGAGGGCUGGGGGAUGGAGUGUGCUCUGUGCCCCUCCCCGGACUCAGAUGACUACGCCACCCUGUGCAGUUCAUUUGUUCCUCUAUUCCCGGAAACGUAUCCAGAAACUUCUGCUCCAGAAACCGGAGUGAGACCAGGACCUGGACGAGGAGGCGGUGGAGGAAGAGGAGGAGCAGGAGGAGCUCCUCCAUACUACCCCCCUUACAGUACGGACUCCUUCGCUCCUGCUGUGAUCCCAGGCAGAGACUUCGGUGCUCCUGAUUAUGACGAUUACUCUCCGGGAGGGGGCAGCAGACCCGGCUUUAGAGGAAGGACGCCAGCCACCUUCAGCCUGCCAGACGGAUCCUUUGGCCGUCCUGAGUACGGCACUGGUUACUACUCUGAAGGCGACUUUGGUCCCCCCAACAGCUCCCCGCCCCGAUCUCCACCUUUCCACCUCCCUCCAGACCCCCGGACAGAGAGGGCGUUUGGGGCGAGGCCUCCCCCUCCAUCCCGGGCUGACGGCGCUCCACUCAGCCUCGCCCCACUGCCUGGAGCUCCCUACCAAGAACAGGAGGAGGAAGAGGAGGAGGAAGCAUGGAGGCCAGGCCCACCGUUUCCUCCUUUCACCGACCGGAGCAGAGGAGGAGGAGGAGGAGCUCCGAGGAGGGUUUAUGAGAGGCGUUAUGAGUCAUACGCCGGCCUGAGUACAGCAGAAGAUUGUGGGAUACUGCACGGCUGUGAGAACGGCAGGUGUAUCCGUGUUGCCGAGGGUUACACGUGUGACUGCUACCAAGGAUAUGAGCUGGAUAUGACCUCCAUGACAUGUAUAGAUAUUAACGAGUGCGAAGACGGCGUCCGGCUGGAGUUCCCGUGCGUGAACGCUCGCUGUGUGAACACUGAAGGCUCGUUCCGCUGCGUCUGCAGGAGAGGAUACGUGAUGUCCCGCAGACAAAACCACUGUGUGGCUGCGUAGACCACACUGGACUGAACAGACCAGACUGCUGGACCAGCGUGAACUGGUUUAGACUGUCAGGACUGGACUAUGAAACAGCAGACUGGGCUGAUUAAGGGGACAGCUUUCAUGAAAAAGACUCGACAGGGCUUAAAUACCACAGAUCACAAUCAUUUAAAGAGCACUCAGCAAAGUUUUCAUCCACAUUCUUGGCUGGUUUCUGUAUUUUCUUAACCGGGCUUAGCAUGAGCUGGUCCUGGUCUAAUCCUCUCUAACAGCAGGUCUUUGUCUUCUUUAGGAAAAUCUAAAAUUGUGUUGUUGUUUUGGUUGAGAGCCCCCUGGUGGCAGAAUCUCACAUACUGUGCAUUUAGCAAACAAAUAUGGAUAAUAUAAUACAUUUUCUUCUUAUACUAGAGGGUUCCACAUUAGGCACCAUUGUUUUUUUACUAUGUCUGUGUGCCAGUGUGGUUGCUUUACCCCCCCCCACAGUCUGAUACAGUAGGUGGCGGUAUGCAGGAUGCUGGUUUGCAAACCUACCAAGAAGAAGAGACAACUAUGGCAACCACUCGUAUGCCCUAUGCUCACAGUGGAGCCCAUCCUGCUACGACAAUGCCAACAACAACCCUCCUCCUACUUCCACAUCCACCAUGAAGCCCAGAGGAUGAAAAGGGUCUGUGCUGCAGCAGUUUUCGAGGAGACAGGAGACGUCUAGGACUGCCUAUUAAACUCUACUCACUGACAGGUUCCUAGUAUACAAGCACAGAUGCUUUCACAUCUCCUAUGCCUCAGACCGCCUCUUCUAGUGGAUUUGAGGUGUUCAGCCCAGGUUUUUGAAGAAGCUCGUCAUAGAGGUCCAGUUGUUGCCAAAGUUUGUCUUUAUUUUUUUAAAUUCCUCAUGUCUGCACCAUGAUUCUGUCAUACUGAUGACAUGUUAGAGCCAUUCUAAAAAUAAAAUGAGGCAGACAUUUCCAACACUUCAACAACAAAGAAUUUUAUUAAGAGUUUUUUUUUAAUCCUGUCAGUUCUGUCUUUUAAAUCUUAGAGAAUAUCCCAGAUUUUAUCCUGUAACUUUCAACAUGACAUUUUUUGAGUUUCUUUUUUCAAAUGUCCCUAACAUGCCAUCACAGUAUCAGGAUGCUUAUUGUGUUUAAAGUGUUAACCCUCAGGAGAUCCUUUAAAAUCCAACUUAAUUUGUUCCUUCGGGCAGAAAUCAGCCGCCUCCCCAAAACUGCUGUAAAAAUAUGAUACAUUAAUAUUUUUUUCCACUUUAAACGAGUCAAUGUCGUAAAACUACUCAGUCUGAAUUAUACAUAUCAAAUGAUAAUGAAAUUAUGGAAAUUUUAACCCUUUAAUCCUCAGGCCAUCCUUUAAAAGAAUUGCACUCUCCCUCUUAAAGCCCUUUUAGGGUAUUGGAUAUAUUUAAAAGUAUUAAAAAUGAAUCAAAAAAUUGUUUGUUUUUUUGGUCCUCAACUCCAGUUCUCAUCAUUUAUAGCAGAUGUGAACUAUUUUUCAUAAUUUUAAGCCUAUAAAUGCCAGUUUAAUUACAUAAUGCCAAAAAAAAAGAAUUAUUUUCUAUUUGAAAAAUGCGAAGCAGAUUUUUUUUUUGUGCAGGGAUUAUCAGUCUUGGAUAUGUCAAUGAUUAGCAGCAACGCUGAUUUUGACGUGCUAUUAAGUUUUGUGUAAUAACCAAAAAAUUAAAAGAAAAAAGUCACACUCGUCCUCUUAAAGCCCUUUUAGAACAUUUGAUAUAAUUGAGAAAUAUUAAACAUGAAAGAAAAAACUUUUUUAAAUUUUUGGUUCUUAACUCCAGUCCUCAUCAUGUAUAAGCAAAUGUGAAUUCAUUUUCAUAUUUUUAAUUUUUCACCAGACUCUGACAUCCAUAGAAAACACCCAAAGUAGUUUUAGUUGAAAUAAUUAAUUCCACUGGCCUACACUCACUGAUAUAUCCUAUCAGUUCAGACAAGGUAAAUAUUUCCCACAAUGCCUCUCUGCAAACAUGGAAAAUGAUGAAAUUUGGCAGCACUUUUUGGUGCGCAAAUAUUUUUACCUCUGAAUGACAGAAUUACAGAGGAAUUAACAAGAUUUCUUAUUUCUUAUUGCAGUGACAGUAGAAUGAAAAUUAGUGGUAUUAAUGGUAGUCAGUGAGGCCUGAAAGGGCUUUAGGAGGGAGAGUGUGAGUUUUUUGACUACACAGUGAAAAAUUCUGUCAACACAGCGUGGAUGAUGAAAUUUCGAAAAAUUCAUCAAAAAAAUGAACAUCUUUGUCAAAUAUCAUCAUCUUAGCAUGAUAACUGCCAAAGUAAGAUCAAAAAAUACAAUUAAAAAGUCCUAAAGGGCUCUAGGAGGGCCUGAGGGUUAAAGGCUAGUAUGGUUCCAUAACCUCACUGUUUAUUCCUUGAAAAAAAAUUAAAAACUGAAAUAAUUUCUAUAAAAUACAUUUCAAUUAGUUUUUGCUUAUUAUUAUUGUAAUUAUUAGGCCCUGAGAUGGGAUAAUGAGUGGCAGCAACAUUGAUUUUCAUGCAUUUUUAUUUUUCUGUAGUGUCGGAUUUAAGAAAAAAACACAUUUUUUUUCCCUUGGGCAGAAAUCAGCCACUUCCCCAAAACUUCUGUAAAAAUAUGAUACAUUAGUAUUUUUUUCCACUUUAAAAGAGUCAGUCUUGUAAAACUACUUCAGCCUGAAAUAUACAUAUCAAAUUCUAAUGAUAUUUUGGAAAUUUUAAGCCUUUAAAGGCCAGUAUGGUUCCAUAAUCCCACAGUUUUUUUCAUUGAAAAAACCUUUAACUGCUGUAAACUGCUGUUACUUGUCUUUAUUAUUGAAUAAAUACAGAUUGUGCAUGAAGCUGGACAUGAAAGAGACACAUGCAGACACACACACACAUGCACACACAUCCCACCCACACCUGCACAUGCACACACACACACACCAUUAUCCAACAUCAAAAUUAACACACUAACAUUUCAGUAGCAAGGUACCCUUUUAGAAAACAGUAAAAAGUGUUAGAAUGGGGGAAAAGUAGCAGCAUCUGGUUAACUAAUAUAAAAAUUAAAAACUGUAGGCCAGUAGUAUAGAAUUAAAUGUUAACAUCAAGGAAUGCAUUAGUUUAAGUUAAGAUAAAUGUGAGAUCAAAAAUGGCAUUUUUAAUGGGGCAGUUUUUGUCCGAAGGAACAAAUUUGUCAGUUUUUUCAUAGCUUAGCCAUUUUAGGCUAAUUUAAAAAACUGAUACAACUAUUCAAAAUUGUGUUUAAAAUCAAUAUCCUCUGGCAUAUUUGAGCUUUAUUCAUUCAACACAGCCAAAAUGGCAUGAAAAUAAAAACAGCAUGUACAGAAAAUGGUCCCAGGAACCUCUGAGGGUUAAAGGGGAUUUUCAGAGGCAGAUACAAGCGAAGUAGUGAGAAAGGAAACCAACCAGACCUUUAGAGAAGCACUGAGCUCAGCCAAAAAACACUUUAAAUUUCACCCUAAAGGAAAACUAAUGGGAACAUCAACAUGGACUUGUUUAUAACUACUACUCCUGAAAAACCAGCGAGGCUCAAUUGUUUGACAGACAACAGAGAUUUUAGUUAAAAUCAUGUUUUCAAAACAAGGUUAGAGUUUAAUACUGGCCUGUUGGGUUUAAUUUCAGAGUUUUAAUGAAGCUGGUUCUUUUUACUCAGUAAGAGAAUCUUAAAUCUGCUUAAAAGUGUCAUGAUUUCAUAAAUUAUUACAAGGGAAUCUACAAUGUAUAUAGAAAGUAUACACUGUCACUUUUUUCUUAAUUUUUCAAGUAUCCUGUUCAUUUGUCCCCAAAGAAUCUCUGCAAAGCAUCAUUCAGUUAAAUAUAGCCAAGACAUUUUCCAGUGAUUUCAGCGUUACAAGAAGGCAGGAAAGGUCAACUUUGGAUUAAAAUAUAUUUUUGAGGGUGUUUAACCGUGAUGUGUUCUUUUAUUACUGACAUGUCUGUAUUUUUAUAUUUGUUUGAUUUUUUUUCUACAUCUUUGAGUGCAGUCUCCUAAAGCUUCAUCAGUUUCAGUCAAAUCUCACACAGUAAUCCUCGCCUUUACCCACCAAAUGAAGCUGUUUCAGCCUGUUAGAGUGUUUAUUGAGUUUUUAUUAACUUUCUAAUGUUGUUCACAUGCUGAACACAACAUGAUGAAGAUUUAUGUUUAACAUAACAUGCACUGUAUCUGCCGGAGAUUUGCCUUCUGUGUUCACACAGGAGAUUUGUACAUUGUUGAAAUUUCUGUCUCUGGUGUUUUGUUUUUUUUUUUCCAAUGUUUUUAUGAUUCACUUUUUUAUCUUUGUUGUUUGUAUGACAAGAAAUGGAAAUAUAUUUGCACACUUUUAUUGAAA